CCGGAAGUAGUCAGGUGGAAUGCCGGAAAUUCGUUUUGUUGACUAUCGGAUACUUAUUUUUCACCCCCUUUCUGGAACUACUAACUACUAACUUACGUUGGUUUGUUUUUUGUAAUAUUUUUGGACUAGAUUUUAGCGCGUUGACAGAAGAGUCGUCGUGUUGGAGUGGAGGGCUCCGUAUAGACACCGAACGAUUGUUGUCGGGUCCCGGGCUGGGCUAACUUUAGCCUAGCAUUCCGUGAAGUCCUGCUAACCAGCCUUAGCGUGUGUUAGCUGUCAGUCUAGCUGCGUCAAACGUCAGCCAUUAACUCACCUUGCUCACUAACAGGAACGGUAACAAACACAGGUGCAAACACCAUGGCAGUCGUGAACGAAGGUGCCCUAAAGAAAAUGCUGAAGCAGUACAAAUACAGAGAUCUGACUGUCCGUGAGAUAACCAACGUCAUCCUCCAGUACAAGGACUUGAAGCCACUCAUGGAUGCUUAUGUGUUCAAUGAUGGCUCCACAAGAGACCUGAUGAGCCUGACGGGAACGGUCCCAGUGAGCUACAGAGGCAAUGUCUACAACAUUCCUGUGUGCCUCUGGUUGCUGGACACGUAUCCCUACAACCCGCCCAUAUGUUUUGUCAAACCUACCAGUGCAAUGAUGAUCAAAACUGGCAAGCACAUCGACGCCAACGGCAAGAUCUACCUGCCUUAUCUCCAUGAGUGGAAGCAUCCUCAGUCAGACCUGUAUGGUCUAAUUCAGGUGAUGAUUGUGGUUUUUGGAGAAGAGCCUCCUGUGUUUUCUCGCCCCACCACACAAGCCCCCUAUCAAGCGUUCCAAGCUGCCGGACCCCCUAACCCUUCCUAUAUGCCUGGCAUGCCUGCAGUCUCCCCCUACGCCUCAACUCCGAACCCAGGAGGCUACCCAGGAUACCAAUACCCAGGGGGCAACUCAUACCCGGCCCCUGGUGGACCUGCACACUACCCCACCCAGCCUCCAGUAUCCACGGCUGGUCCGAACAGAGAUGGCACCAUUGGCGAGGACACCAUCCGCGCAUCCCUGAUAUCAGCUGUGAGUGACAAGCUUCGCUGGAGGAUGAAGGAGGAAAUGGACAGAGCUCAGGCAGAGCUGGACGCCCUGAAGCGGACCGAGGAGGAUCUGAAGAAAGGACACCAGAAGCUGGAGGAGAUGGUCUCCAGACUGGACCAAGAAGUGACCGAGGUCGACAGGAACAUCGAGCUGCUGAAGAGAAAGGACGAGGAGCUGAGCGAGGCCUUGGAGAAGAUGGAGAACCAGUCGGAGAACAACGACAUUGACGACGUCAUCGUGCCCACUGCUCCGCUCUACAAGCAGAUCCUGAACCUGUACGCUGAAGAGAACGCCAUAGAGGACACGAUCUUUUACCUCGGAGAAGCCCUUCGCAGGGGGGUAAUAGACCUUGAGGUGUUCCUUAAGCACGUCCGCCUCCUGUCCAGGAAGCAGUUCCAGCUCCGGGCCCUCAUGCAGAAAGCCCGCAAGACGGCCGGUCUGAGUGACCUCUACUGACCCGCACUGACUAUAAAGGAAAACUACAUAUUUUCACUCUCUCCUACCUUCUCCCUCCUCUUCUGUUUUAUUCCCCCUUUUUUAAAUGUCCUCUUGCAACUCUUCUAGUUUUAAUCUCGGUAAAAAUCUGUUUGUGUAAGAUAGCAAUCUGAUCAACAACAACAGAGAAUGAUUAAAAACACACAUCAUGUACAA